CAAGGGAAGCUCGGGAGGCCAAGUCUCCCUUUUAAUAAGAGGGGGAUAUAUUUGCCCUGCAAGGAGAUCUCUUCCCCUUCCAUUUUAAAAGGGUCUCGUGCAUCAUCCAAUCAACUCUCUCUCGAUCUCUCUCUCCCCCCUCUCCCUCUCCUCCCCCACCUAGCUUUGUUCAUCUCGUUUUUCCAAGUCUUCCUCCUAAGCUAGGUCUUCGUUCUUGGAUAUGAGUGGGAGCAACUUUGGGGACAGCAUGGGGUGGAGCAGUAGCGGGAGGUCGCCGUCUGGCUCCAGAAGGGGCAAGAGAGGCGGCAGCAGCGGCGGCGCCGACAAGCCCAAGCAGCCGCAGCGCGGGCUCGGCGUGGCGCAGCUGGAGAAGAUUAGGUUACAGAGCGAAAUGGCCGAGUACUUCCAUCCUCUCGGCCAGCCCCCCAGCAGCUUGAUCCACAGAACAGGCAGCCUUAACUUGCAGGAGGAUGCACGGGCGUCGACGUCCUCGCUGUCGUCGUCGCCAUCUUCCUCCUUCUAUGCUACCGCAGUCUCAUCGCCGUUCCCAGUCCAUCCAAACAUUUCGACGGCAUAUGGCGAGAGAGGUGGAGACCUGCGAUACGGUGAAUUCCAAGCUCCCAUAAUAAGAUCACCGAGCAGCAGUGAUAUCUAUGGCGCCCCACAUUAUGCGCAUCCUAAUAACAUCACAUUACCACUCUUUGAACCACAGGAAUCCACUCGAUUGAGGGGACAUCAUGAUAGAAGUCGGUCAGCUGAUUCAACAAGUAUGAACUCCGAUGAUCCACAAGACGUCGACCUUGAGCUCAAGCUAUGACCCCAAAAUGUUCCUCCUUUCCCCUCUCCUUCGAUGUGAUGUGAUAACUAUAUUAGAUAGUCUUGAUGGGCCUUUUCACUUUGUGGUGCAAUAAGUUUCUGAAUUGGUGCCACAAGCCAGAACCAAAAAAAGGAUUAAUUUGCCGUCUUCUGUAAUGCCUACCAGAAGAGAGGAAUAGUAAUGCACCUUUUUUUUAAUCAAGACAUGCAUGGGCAUGGGAUCUGGUGAUCAUAUCUAGCAGUUAUUCUUAUGCUGAUUGUACUGUGAAGCAUA